ACCACCACUGUAAUUACCAAAAUACCCUCUACUUUUCCUCAUAUUCCUCUCUCUUCUACGCUUCAUUUUGACAAAACAAUGGUCUCCUGCAACCCCAGUUGACAAAACAUUGAUCUCCUGGAACCCCAGUAAGAUUUCUUGAUACAUCACACCAUUUUUUUGUUUAGUUUUGACCUUUGAGUUUCGAUCUUGUAUCCAUGGUAACCGUUUAUCCAGAAUCAUUGCUGGUUUAACGUCAAAGGUCUAGUUCUAGGGUUUCAUUCCACUGCUCAUUCCCUGUUUUGAUUGAAGAAGUUACUGUUCUACUGAUGCUUAAUUGCUUGAAUUUGGUUAAGGGUUUGAUAUGAUUUUGACAAACCAUUUAUGGGUUAUUGAAAUGAUUUGAUAUAUUUUGGGGGAAAAUCAAAUGAUUAGUAGAAUAGAUUCGAGUUCAUCUGGGUGUUUUAGGUCUUCAUAUGUGAAUUGGGUACAUUGUAAAAGAUCUCGUUUGAGGUCAAUCAACAGAUUCAAUGUGAUUAGCUCUUGUUUGUUUAUUGUACUAGCUAUAAUUUGUGGGUAUGUAUACUUGUAUGAAGCUGUUCAGCCUGUAACUCUUACGGAAAACACGACCAUUGACUCAGAGGAUGAUUCAAAGGGGGUUUGUGAUCUUUAUGAUGGAACUUGGGUUCUUGAUGAAAGAUACCCUCUAUACAAUGCAUCCCAAUGUCCUUUUGCUGAGAGAAGUUUUGAUUGUUUAGCUAACGGUCGGAGAGAUAAAGGGUAUCUGAAAUGGAGAUGGAAACCGAAAAAUUGUGAUAUUUCUAGGUUUGAUGUUGGGGAUACUUUGGAAAAGCUUCGUGGGAAAAGAGUUGUGUUUGUUGGUGAUUCUUUGAGUAGGACUCAAUGGGAGUCUAUGAUAUGCUUGCUAAUGAACGGUGUGGAUGAUAAAACGAGCGUUUAUGAAAUCAAUGGAAACAAGAUAAGUAAAAAGAUUAGGUAUUUGGGUGUUCGAUUUAGGUCUUUCAAUUUCACGGUUGAGUUCUACCGAUCCGUUUUCCUAGUGCAGCUUGGUUCUGUUCCAAAACGUGCACCAAAGAGGGUUCGAUCAACACUUAAGCUUGACGAAAUGGAUGCUGUUAGCUCGAAAUGGAUCGAUUCAGAUAUUCUUGUGUUUAAUACGGGUCAUUGGUGGAAUCGUGCGAAGCUUUUUGAAAUGGGUUGUUAUUUUAAGGUCGGCGGAAGGCUGAAACUUGGAAUGUCAACCAUGUCUGCGUAUACCACAGCAUUAACCACAUGGGCUUCGUGGGUCGAAAAUAUGGUCGAUACAGAUAGGACCCGUGUGUUCUUUAGGACUUUUGAAGGCAGUCAUUGGAGCAGCGGGCAAAAUGGUCACACUUGCAAAGUUACAAAAAAUCCCAUGUCUAUAAGUAGUACGAGGGACUACAGAAGUCGUUUCUCGGAUAUUAUAAGGAGCGUGGUGAAGAAUAUGUCGGUUCCUGUGAUGGCGAUGCAUGUUACUCCCAUGGGGUCGUUUCGUAGUGAUGCACACGUUGGUACUUGGAGUGAUAAUCCAACGGUUCCUGAUUGUAGCCAUUGGUGUUUACCUGGAGUCCCUGAUGCAUGGAAUCAAAUCCUUUUCUCAUAUCUAUGAACUUCUGAACAUGGCUUGGAUUUUUUUGACGAAAUGCGAACGUUGCAGGUUAGCUUUUCGUUUACGGUGUGUAUUUGUGAGUUGAAGAGGAGAAAACGGUUGACAUCGUUUAUAACAAAUUUAAUUGAUUUGUUGUACAAUAGUCAUAUUCUCAAAUUUAAGUUUAGCUGUUUUUAGCAAAAGUUGCUUCAAUGUAAUGUGUUUCUAUGUAUAGUUAUGUAUUUGUGAGAAUGUAAAAUUUGAACAAUAUCUACCUCUAUUAAGUAUUUGUUUUA